AAAUGGAAACUACUAUAGAACAAAACAUUGAUACGGUUAUCUUUUCGCUUCUUGAAAUAAAGAAAAAAAUAAAAGUAGUACCAAAUCAAUCUGCUACCACUUGUCACGAUUGUAAAAAACUAAAAAAAAAUUGUAGAAGUACUUUUAAAAAAUAUAACAAAGGUUUAUCACUUGUCGAAAAUAUUGUUAAGCUUCAAAAAGAAGUUGAAGAAACAAAUAGUGAAUAUUUUAAAUUAAACAAGAAAUAUAUUGCUCUAAAAGAAAAAUAUGAGCCAGCCAACGAUUAA